UAACAAAAGAAUGAAAUCACCAUUUUCAGCAACGUGGAUGGAGCUAAAGGGUAUAAUGCUAAGUGAAACCAGUCAAGUCAGUGAGAUGACCUUCUUCAUUCCUGAAUAUUUCAAAGAUGCUGCAAAGAAGAUGAAAAGUGGGCUUAUGUUUGUCAAACUGGUGAACCCGUGUUCAGGGGAAGGAACCAUUUACUUGUUCAAUAUGUGUCUACAGCAGCUGUUUGAAAUAAAAGUUUUCAAGGAAAAACACCAUUCUUGGUUUAUAAAUCAGUCAGUUCAAUCAGGAGGUCUUCUCCACUUUGCCACACCUAUAGACCCUCUAUUUCUGCUUCUCCACUACCUCAGAAAGGCUGAUAAAGAGGGCAAGUUCCAGCCCCUAGAUCAAGUCGUGGUGGAUGACAUGUUCCCAAAUUGCAUCUUGUUGCUGAAACUUCCUGAACUUGAGAAGUUACUUCAACAUGUGACAGAAGAGAAAGAAAUAGACAAAAAGAAAUAUUACAAGUACAGCAAGGAGAAGACGAUAAAGUGGCUGGAAAAAAAGGUUAAUCAGAUUGUGGCAGCCUUAAAAACCAAUCAUGUAAAUGUCAGUGCCCGGGUACAGGCAACUGCAUUUUUCUCUGGUGACCAGGCUUCCAGUGACAAGGAAGAGGAUUAUAUUUGUUAUGCCCAUGGUCUGGUAUCUGAUUACAUCCCUAGAGAACUCAGUGACGACCUGUGUAAAUAUUUAAAGCUUCCAGAACCUUCAACUUCAUUGCCAAACCCUCCAUCAAAGGUGGCAGCACAAAGACAGAGAAGGGACAAGUGACAGCCGUUUCACUCAAAGCUUGGCUGCUUCUUCUAGAACUUCAGAUACUCUCAAAGGGCUAAGACUGUUUCUUCUGCGCCUCCUGGAAAUUCUCCAAAUGCCAAAAGGUGUAUUUUAAAGAACUACCCACUGAUGAUUCAUUACUUCUUUGACUGCUACCGCCCGUCCAUUGGUUAAUGGCAUGCCACCCUGGAGGCAAUUCAGUCCCUGGAACUUGAGAGCAGCCUCUGGGUGUGAAUCCGCCUGGGGUCUGAGGAGCUCCAGCCACACCGCCCCUCUGCCCGCAACCUGUCUUCUCUUCCACAGCCUCGUGCUUCUGAUUUCAAAGCAGUGGGAGGAGAAGGCUCUUUGUGAGAUUGGGGUCCUUUCGAAAACCUGACCAUGCUGGCCUAGAAGUAAUGCUUCCCUGGGGCCAGGUGAAUGUGUUUUAGGGAUGUGUGUGCCGACCAUAAGUACUUGAUUUCCACACACUAAAAGCUCUGUUGAACCAAGUUUCUACCCUUACUUAAAAAAGAAAGAAGGGGAGGGGAGAGGAGGGAAAGCCUGACUUUUCUUUACUCUUUAUUAAUUUGUCAGCUUCUUCUAAUUCAACGUGGUAGCUGAACAUGGGUAUCUUACGACCUGCUGGAGUUAUAAACAUUGACAUUUUUAAGAGAAGCCUAGUAUGUGUGUUAUUACUAUUUUUAAAAGUGAGGACCUAAGACAUGGGGGAAAGUGGCAAGUACCUGCCAGAAAGUUUCAUGGGGAAAUCGAUGCACAGUGAGUAUGUUGUAGGGGGCAGUGGGGGGAUUUGUGCAAAGACAUCCAGGGAUUUGAGCGGGCUCGUCCACCGGACACACAAGGGGAGCAGAGUAGAAGCCACUCGGUGAUCUUCCUGCAUUCAGACAGGACCCCGAACCUCUUCUUCUUGAAAUAGCUCUGUUUCUGAUUCUCUAACUCCAGCAGGUAAGUAGAGCCUGGUUCUGGAAAGUACUUUGUAAUUUUUUUUACACAUCUCCUUCCACACAGAGAAAUUUGCAUUAACCUCGAAGGACUUUGAAUAUUCCCGUGCUCUGUAGUUGGUACGUGAGCCGUCCUCUUCAGAAACCCAACUCUAGAGAGCCAGCUGUGGAACGAGGGUGUACUACAGGCUUCCAAGAGGGAGCACUUGGCAGAAAUCACCUGUUUGGAAUCCAGGCCAUUUGGG